AUGGAAAAUUACCAGAAGAUAGAGAAGAUUGGUGAAGGAACCUACGGCGUCGUCUACAAAGCCCGAGACCUGUCCAAUGGCGGCCGCAUCGUCGCUCUCAAAAAGAUCCGGUUGGAAGCAGAGGACGAGGGUGUGCCUAGCACGGCCAUUCGUGAAAUCUCCCUGCUCAAAGAAAUGAACGACCCCAACAUUGUGCGACUUUUCAACAUUGUCCAUGCCGACGGCCACAAACUCUACCUCGUCUUCGAAUUCCUCGACUGCGAUCUCAAGAAAUACAUGGAGGCUCUGCCAGUGUCAGACGGUGGUCGGGGCAAAGCCCUUCCAGAGGGGUCGACAAUGGACAUGCAGAGAUUGGGACUGGGGAAAGACAUGGUCAAGAAAUUCAUGGCGCAGCUCGUCGAGGGAGUCCGAUACUGUCAUAGUCACCGUAUCUUGCACCGUGAUCUCAAGCCCCAAAACUUGUUGAUUGAUCGUGAGGGCAAUCUCAAGCUGGCUGAUUUUGGCCUGGCUCGUGCUUUUGGUGUCCCCCUGAGAACGUACACUCAUGAGGUCGUGACGCUUUGGUAUCGUGCUCCCGAAAUCCUCUUGGGCGGUCGCCAGUAUUCCACUGGUGUCGAUAUGUGGUCUGUGGGCGCCAUCUUCGCUGAGAUGUGCACCCGAAAGCCACUAUUCCCAGGGGACUCUGAAAUCGACGAGAUUUUCAAGAUUUUCAAGCUGCUAGGAACACCCGACGAGAAUACAUGGCCAGGCAUCACGUCGUUCCCAGACUUUAAGACGUCUUUUCCUAAAUGGCGAAGGGAACCUACCAGCAAAUUCGUGCCGAAUCUCGAACCCGCAGGUCUCGAGCUUCUCGACGCCAUGCUUGAAUACGAUCCCGCCCACCGAAUUUCCGCCAAAGCAGCUUGCAACCAUCCGUACUUCGCCGCUGGAUCUGCAGCCUACUCUCAGCGCACCAACGGUGUCUCUCGACUGAACGGCUUCCACUAA